AUGUCGUUGAAGUACCCCGCUGGCCCCACAGAAACCAAACACUGCAUCGAGUCGCUGCUGGCAGUGUUCCAGCACUAUGCCGGCCGCGAUAGGAGCACUUCUUCCCUUUCCAAAAGGAAGUUCCUGACCUUCAUGAACACAGAGCUGGCGUCUUUCACAAAGGACCAGAAGGACCCAAGCGUCCUGGACCUCACGAUGAAAAAACUCGACAUGAACUGUGAUGGCCAGCUGGACUUCAGCAAAUUCUUGAACCUUAUCGUCGGCCUGGUACAGGCCUGCCACAUCCAAGUGAUGUCAUCCCUGACCAGCAGGGCCACCAGAAACCCUCCGGCUCUGAGCCAUCACCACAAAAUCGCAAACAUUCCAGAAAACCGAUCUCUGCAUAUGACCAAAAUCAGACAUUGCAAUGCAGGCGGCAUUAUUUACGUUUCCAUCAAUAAAAAUUGA